AUGUUUGUUUUGUCGUGGGAGCUCUCUGGGCUCUGUAGCAACCUGGUGGUGGUUGUGGCCCCAGGAACCGAGAAUUCCUGGAUACUCCGGGUGGUUCUAACGCCGGAGUUUCUGUGGUUCGGUCUGCACUGGGCAGGGUGGUCAUACCCUGCCCAGCUCACUGAUUACUCCACCAAUCUCCUCUCACUCCUCCACUCCCACCACCUGGUUGCUGCAAUGACCCUCCAUUAUAAUAUGGGGGUCGGCAACCGGUGGUGGGAGCUCAACCACCAUCUGGGGAUUUACCUCUCCCCUGCGGCCGCCGCGAAGCCGGCCACCGUUCCCCCAAUGGAGGACUUGAUGCCCAUGGAGGGCAUUGAGGGGUCUGUGGGUGUUUCGGUCGCGGCCGUCGGCACCUGUGUCCGGGAGUACUCUCCCGACAUGGAUGUCUGCGAGCAGUCCGGUGCGUCCUCUGCCGCUCCCGCCGCCGCCGCCGCAGCUCCUGCCCCCGCGACGGUGGACACCAGUGUCCGGGAGUACUCUCCCGGCAUGGAUGUGUGUGAGGACUCCGCUGCGUCCUCGGCCGCUCCUCCCCCCGCGACCCCCGCUGUUGCUGCUCCUGCCCCCAUGACCCCCCUGAACCCCAGUGACCCAACCACCUCCCUCCCGUUUGAGCUGGCGGGAAGCCGCUCCAUCUCCGAGCCCCUAGCUCUGGGGCAAGCUAUUUGA